GGGGGGCAACGCGGCAUACGAAGCCAUCUUGCUAGCGCCCGUCGAAUCGCUCGCGUCUCCGCGACACAAAUCGCUCUUAAUUCGCACUAAUUAACCAUUUAAACAACAAAAACAAUUAACAGUGAUCAGUGAAAGCAGUGACGGACCGCGUUCCCAAAAAACAUUGUUGACAUAGUGUUGUUGUUUUAGUGCAUUUGUCUAGAUAGGAUCAGUGACAGUGUGUUAGUGCAGUGCAGUGCAGUGCAGUGCAGUGCAGUGUGUGUGUGGUGAGAUGAAGUACCACUCGCGAGACCGACAGCGAGGUGCUGGAUGUUAGGUAUUACUGAAGGAGUGGUAUGGAUAAGGAGACGGGGGAAGGCGGCGAUGCGACCGCUAAGCCACCGCCUGACGGCCAGUUCGACCCCUCUGGACUCUUUGGAGCGUAUUGGGGGAGGGAUGGAGGCGGCAGCGCGGCGCAGGCGCAGGCGCAAGCUCAGGCGCAGGCAGCCCUCUUCGGUUUCGGGUCGCGGUACCCCCCGCCAACUACCCUUGGGGUGGCGGCUAACCAGGCAGCUUCGUUGGGGCUGCACCCUGCUGCAAGUGCAGCAUGGUGGUCCAUGGCGUCACAUCUCGCCGCGCAGGAUUACCUAGCGCGCCUGCAGGCGUCUGGCCUCAACUUCCCCCCUCUUGGUGACCCCUACGCGACGCUAUCAGCCCUCUCCGGGGGGGUGAAACAGCCGAAACAGCAUAAACAAGCGGGGCGAAAUGAGAGGUCAGGCAGAUCGAGCACAUCUUCAAGUGUGUCUAAUAAAGACAAGAGUCCCUCAACGAGCACCAAUUCACAGCACAACAUGAACGAUUGGGCAUCAACCUACGGCUUCCCAAAGACAUCAUCACCAUCAACGAUGGCAUCUCAGUCGCUAUCCAGCCUCGCUUCACUCAACAACCUGGCCCAACAACCCUUGCAGAGUAAGCCAGCCAGCAAACAACCUCAACCACCGCCUAGCAGAAAAUCAUCAAAUAAGGAAAAGGAACGGGACCUGUCAGUGCUUCGUAGCGAGUUGAUGCUCGCUCAGGCGGCGGCUCAGGGCGCCUACCAUGCGGCUGUGGCCGCCGCUGCUAAGGGCAAGAACAUGCCAUUAUAUCCUUUUGGAAUGCCAGGGUCUGAUAAGGAUCGGCGUGGACUCGACUCCCUCACUGGUCUACCGCAUAACUUACUGAGUGCUGCUCUGGAAGGAGGUGACCCCGCAUCGGUGCUAGGCGGAGUUCGAUUGCCCCCUGAUACUGAAAUAAUUAAAUAUACCUCCUCACUAACUGGUCCUAAGGUACCAGCGGGGUCAACGAACCGAGGCCGCAAGAAGACAAUAUCUCUCGAUCCGCCGCAUGUAUCUCUACAUCCCUCCAGCGAUCGGAGCACACCUUUACCCAACAAGCGACAAAAAGUGGACGAGUAUGGCAAUUCUCGGUCAUCCGUGGAAGUUAUAAGGUUACCCAACAAACCGGAUCGGACUAACUCCCUCGCAGCGACCCCACCGCCGAAUUUAUCAGACUACGCAGGUAUAUCUCGAGAAUUGCUACAAACGAUAGCCAGUCAGAGCGGCGUGAGUUUGGCGGCACUUGAAAGACAGCUAGCGGGUGCCAACACAGCAGCAGAUUCAGGCCUCAACUUAAGUACUAAGUCGAACACUAGCUCAGAAGAAACCCCCAUGGAUUUAGGCGGGUCUAAAUCCACUGAGGAGGAUGCACCUCUUAACCUCUCAUUAAAACCUACACCACCGAAUUCUCAAGCAUCGGACGCGUUGUCGAGGCUGACCUCACUCAGUAGUUCCUUGAGUGCGUCCAACGAUAGAAUAUCUCGCCGCAAACCGGGGGCGAAGCCCCGCCGCGUGGCGCCCGAACCGAAUUCGCAGCCCGAGUGCCCAAGGCCGCGCUCCAGUGGCAGUGAGGACAGCGAAUCCGUCCCCCCCUGGCCCGCCCGGGAGGGUCGUCCACGGAACCUGGGCCGGGGGGUCAGCAAACCCAAGAAGAACACCGUUGCUUCGCUGUUAGCUCAAAGUAGGGCUCUAGGGCUUCGCCCCGCGUUGGCGCACCAGCUGUUGGGGGAGACUGAUUUGGAGAAGCUACGCGUGCUAGUCGGCGAAGGUGGCAGCACUGACUCGGAGUGCCAGCAGUCGGACAGCAAUCCGUCCGACUCGGACGCGAGCGACAGCGGCAGGAAGUUGGACGCUCUGCUGAGGCUGCCGCUGGCUUUAGGUUGGAAACGAGUGACAGUAAUAAAGGGUCUCUCGCGGAACUGUAACAUCAAAGGUGACGUGAGCUACACGCCGCCAGAACCGCACUCAAAUCUGCAAAUCAAAUCGACGCAGGAGUUGCAGAAUUUCCUGGAAGCGAACCCGUGCCCCGCGCUGUCGCUGGACAACUUCACGUUCAGCGCGCGCACGCUGCUGGGCGAGUACGCGCAGGCGACCGACGGCGAGCCGCUCGUCUUCUCCGAGACGGACAUAGCCAAGAGGUUGGAGGAGGCGCGUGCGCUGGCGGCGCUGGGCGGCGCCCGCGCCACGCCGCCGCCGCUGGAGCGCCGCAUCGAGCUGGCGCGGCGCCAGCAGGCCGCGCGCGACGCGCGCCGCGACGCCUCGCACCGCAAUAGAGAUCAGGCGCGCCUGGUUCGCGAACUAGAGAGAUCGGAAAAAGCGGAAAUAGUGAAGCGAGAAAAGGAAGUGAGGAGUCAGCAAUUAUUAGAGCAUAUCAACAAAAAUAGAACGCAGUUGACGAUAGAGGCGUUGCCAAUAAAAGACGAGUGGAAAGUUCCAGACGUUGUGAUGGGCAAGCGAGACAGAACGAUGCCGCAGAUCAGUCUGUCCCUCAUCCCCGUCAGCGGCAAAGACACGCCGAUCAAAAGUUUGAAUUACGAACAGGGGAUGUGGAAGGCGGAGCCGGAAGAGUACAACGCGUUGGACAAAAUGAAGGAUUUCGCUGAGAAAGCCGCUUUCGAUCUGCCGAAGCGAGCGAGCGAUAAAUACUUCGAUUUCUCGCUAACAAAGGCGGCGGAGAAGCGCUCGCAAAAGCCGCCGGAAAAAGAGAACAAUCUGGAAAAGUUGAUCGAUUCGUAUUCGCGGAUAUCAGAGUUUAUAAAUGGCUGCGAUUGGUCCAAAAAGGUCGACAAAAAGGUCGACGACCCAAAGAGUUUGGAACAGAAGUAUUUGGACGCGAAAAAUGAGUUCAUGUCGCAAAAUCUCAUGUUGAAACCGGUCCCCAAAGAUGUAAUCGAUUUGAGUGGUGACGAUGAAAGCAUGUCGGACAGUAAAAAAAAUUCGAAACCACUCAGCGUCGGCAAGGAUGGGGCGUUAUCGAUAUCCGUCCAGCCGUUCGCAAAGGACGCUAGUCCGGCUAAACGGAAAAAGCAAGAAGACGCCGAGAGAAUGAGGGUCGAAGAGCAGGCGAAACGGCAGCAGGAGAGAGAAAUAAAGCGACAACAGGCUAUGCUCCUUAAAGAACAGCAAAAAUAUAUAACUGAGGAAAGAGAAAGACGACGGCAGCACACGACCUUCAUCAGGCAGUUGGAUUCGAGGAGAAGAUGGGAGGAGAGAGAGAGACGGAAACACCAGAACCUUCUGGAUCGAUUGCUCGUGAAGGAGAAGAAGUUACAGCAGAGAAGGAAAGAGAUGGAGUUAUUGGCUGAGCUAAGAAGGCCGCAAGAAGACUCCUCCCUAUCAGACCACAGGCCGCUGCCGAAACUCGAUCGCAUCCCGGGGCUGCGGCUACCAGGACAGGCAUUCGCGGAUCUGCUGCAGACUUAUGAGUUCUUGAAUAACUUCGGACAGGCUUUGGGAUUUGACAUGGAGUCACUGCCAACCCUGGAUACGUUGCAGCAAGGUUUGAUACCGGACUAUAACCAGGAUGCGGAAGACGAAUUGAUUUCUGUACUUACAAGGCUUUUGGUAUUAGCUAUUGAGGACCCCGGUAUCCCCCACCCGGGGAGACACACCACGCUCCUGGGGCAGGCCAUCCGCCUCGGGGACAUCACCCCGGACAACGUGUCGGAAGUGCUGCGGAUAUAUCUGUACGCGUGCGCUACCGGCGAGGUCAAGGCGCUUACCGGUCUAACAGUAGAACGAGAACGCGAGCGGCGAGUCGCCGACCACCAUCAGAGCGAAGCGGAGAUGCUGCAAACCUGCGCCAGUACGAAAAAUUCUGCGUACUACGAACAUUUGCAUAGCAAUGCUACUUAUAAGCUAUCUGAGCACCUGCGCGAGCGGCCGUUCGCGGCGCUGAGCGCGGGGCGCAAGGCGCGCAUGCUGGCGCGCGUGUGCGACGAGCUGCUGCAGGGCAAGCCGGCGCUGCGCCAGCUCGACGCCGCGCUCGACCAGCUCGCCGCCGCGCGCAAGGAGCGCUACCUCAUGGACGUCAAGAUACGCAAAGUCCGCGUGUUACACCAACGAAAGUUGCGCAGCGAACAGGCUGAGAAGCAGCAAGCGAUGGCGCUGGAGAGGAUGCAGAGACUGGUCGAAGAGAGCACCGGGACCGCCAGAUCGCCUCUACACGAUACCCCAGAAAAGCCAUCUACCCCCAAAAAGGAUUCAUCACCACCGCCAGACGAGAAAGCCCCCAUCGAGACCCCAUCACCGUACAAAGAAGAGGAUCCGAGUGACAAAGAAUUGUCUCCACUCAAGGAACUUAAAAAGGAGAUGAUGAACGAGCUAUCUCCUCUCAAGGAACUGAAGAAGGAGAUGAUGAACAAUAAUAAAGAGGAGAUACCGGAGGGCAAGGAUAGUGUUAUGGGCGACGAUGUGCUGAGUGACCUAGAGAGCGAAGGCACUCAGCCUGAGGAGGAUGAAGACAAGAACCUAUCUUCGGAAGAAUUAUCUAGAAAGCUCGAGAAACUUCUGCGCCAGUCGGAGCAACAGCAGCUGCAGCUGGCGGCCGCGUCCCACUCCUUGCGGGCGUCUUGCUAUGGGCAGGACAGAUAUUGGCGCCGCUACUGGUGGCUCAGUAGUUGCGGAGGUGUGUUCGUGGAAGGCAUGGAGUCAGCUCAGCCGGAAAUACUUUCCUAUCACGAGAGACUUGCGAGGGACAAGUGUAAACCGGAGCCUGGAGAUGAGAUAGAAGAAGAAAAAGAGAAGAUCAAAAAAGAGGAGCCAGAAGAGCAAGUGGAAGUAGACGCGGAGGCGGAAGCACUCGAGCUGAAGAGUAUAAAAACUGAGCUCAAUCUUAGUGAUAAGACACAGAUAAUCAAGUACGAGCCUAACAAGAUUGUUUGUAAGGUCGAAGGUUCAAUAAAGAUGGAAGAGAAAUAUAUACAGCAGAAGAGUCACGAAGAGGAAGACAUGUUGGAUAUAGAAGACUCCAUUCCAACAGCCUUCCUGGUCCAGAAGCCGUCACACAAACCAAUGUUCGCAGCACAAGCGGAGCCCAUAGAUAAACCGCAGGAGAUCGUCAAGUUAGAGAACCCAUCGAAAACGGAAGCCAUAGACAAAACAGAGCCGGAGGACACCAAAGACAAUUUAGUCAACAACCUGGAGGAGCUGCGCAAAAUGGCGGAGGCUGUAUCCUCCCAGCUGGACGCCGCGAAAAAAGCGGAGAGCGAAGUGAAAGACGAAAAGGAAGACACAAAAGAGGAGGAGACAGAUGCACACGCGCACCUCUACUCGAAAACACUAGACGGCAAGUGGUUCUCCAUACUCCGCCACGAGAACUCCUUUCUAUCCAACAUCAACGAGGAGAAACAGGACGUGCCCAAGUACUGCGACAACGAGCACACCUGCGCCGAGGUGCUGAUGUGCCAAGGUCACAAGUGGGACGUGUCCAAUAACCUGCACCUGCUCAACGACCCGAGCCUGUUCACGUUGAACAGCAUGGUGACGAGUGUACAAGUGCCCUGCAAUAGUGUUUAUAGUGAUUCAAGCUUGACCAUGUCCGGCCUGGACCAGGAUAUGAUGGAUGCGAGCCUGAACGAUACUGCGCGUGAGGUGGAGGAGAGUAAGGAUCAGGAGAACGAUCUAGAAAAAGAGCUGCAAGCGGACUCGGCCAAAGCGGACAUUUCGCUGCAGAAGGCCAAGGCGUCCGGGCUCAGUUCACUCGGUCUGCUGAACUUUAACGCUCUCUCGACCUACGUGACUUGCGACUCGCCGCCUCCCAUACAGAUGUCGCCGGACGAGAUGGACCAGCUGGAGAGAUGCAAGGUACACGGUCUGCCCAAGAGGCUUGGAGGGACAGCUGUGCCCUUAGAAGAAAGACACGGCUGGUGGCGCAUAACCGACCCGGAGCAAAUGAAAGCGGUGUUAGACGCGUUACACCCGCGCGGUGUGAGAGAGAGGGAACUACACGCGUCUCUCGUUCAACAUUUACCCACUGUAAAUAAUAAGCUGUACAUAGACAAGGGCGACCCUGCGCGCACGCAGCUGACGGCCAGCCCGUGCGAGGGCGAUUUCCCGCCGCCAGACGAGCCCAACGCGUACUGCGCGGAGACUGCGGCCCGAGUGGACAUGCGAGUUUUGUCUAUGGUGGAAGCCCUCGAGGAACGAGUAGCAGCCGCCUCCAUGCAAGUGAAGGGCUGGCGGGGCGCAGGCCCCGGGGCCGGAACCCCGGUGCAACGGGCUAGAAUGAAACUGGCACAACUGGAGGCCCACGUGGAGAGGCGCUACUUGAAGCCGCCGCUCGUGCAAAGGUACGGGAGCACGAACGACGCAAACCUGGGCGCCAUGUUGCAAGGCGAACACGGCUCGUCCGCCACCUCGCCAAAUAACUCCGAUGCGAGCGAAAGUAAAGAAACAAAGGGCAUAGCUCGUGGCUUGUCAACUUGGCGGGACGCGGUGUCGAGGUGCAAUACGGCUGCGCAAAUUGCGAUGCUGUUGAACGCUUUGGAAACUCACAUCGCGUGGGACAAGAGUAUUAUGAAAGCUAACUGUCAAUUCUGCCUCUCCGGUGAUAACGAGGAUCAGCUGUUGCUCUGCGACGGGUGUGAUAAGGGCUACCAUACGUAUUGCUUCAAGCCGAGGAUGGAUAAAAUACCCGAGGGGGAUUGGUACUGCUGGGAGUGCGUGAACAAGGCGCGCGGCGAGCGUGUGUUUCAGCAGUGA